AUGGCUCAUCCGCCCUUGCCUGGGGCGAAUGGGGAGGAUAAUCCCGACCAGGGUGGCGAGGUCCGCGAGGUCCCUAGCAACGUCUCGAAGCCGACCAAACGACAAAGAUGGGCCACCACACGAGCCCCUGGAGCCGGAGGAAUAAAGAAGCGAGUCUCGAUCAUUGAUCGCUUGCAUAAAAAAUCGGAACUCAGAGACGAGAAACGAAAGUCAACAAAUACCAGUGCCUCCACGAACGAGUCAACCGCGGGCACCGAGGCCCCAGAAUCUGGCCCCAAUCGCAGGGUCUACUUCAGCAUUCCGAUUCCCGAAUCUGAGCGCGACGAAGAAGGCCAUUUGAAUAUCACCUAUCCCAGAAACAAAAUCCGAACUGCCAAAUACACAGCUCUGACAUUUGUUCCCUACAAUGUGUGGCUGCAAUUCCACAAUAUUGCGAACAUUUACUUCUUGUUCGUUAUUAUUCUUAAUUGCUUCCCGAUCUUCGGCGCCAACAACCCCGGUUUGAACGCGGUUCCUCUUAUCGUGAUUAUCGUCGUCACCGCCAUCAAAGAUGCCAUCGAAGAUUGGGGUCGAACGGUUUCAGACAACCAGGUCAAUAAUUCCCCCGUUUACCGCCUGGUCGAGUGGAACAAUGUCAAUUCGACCGAGGAUAAUAUCGAUCUAUGGCGUCGAAUUAAGAAAGCUUGCACUCGAGGUGCCGUUUCAACGUACAAAUGGAUGGCAUCUCAGACCAGAAAAAGAAAGCAGGGCGGAAUGGAGGAUGACGGACAAAGGAGAGAGUCUUUCCUGAGUACAGCGGAUCCUCGAGCUUCCAUCUACACGCAGCUACCUCUCCCCGACCAGCCCGCCCCCUCGCGAGAGCAUUAUGGAACAGUCCCCGGAUAA